AUGCAAUACCCUGUAGUCGUAUUCUUGACCGCUCUGGUUCCCAGCACCUUUUCCUACGGCGAAGACAAGGUUUAAUUUUUGAAAUAUCGAAUUAAACUUGUAUGUUUAGGACGAUCAAGAACCGCUGCAGUGCAACUUCUGUGUGCACUCUCGGAAGAAGAAAGAAGUCGAGGAAGGACUGAACCAGGAGCCGGACUGCAUGAAUCGGCUCAAGUUUCUGUCGAGGUCGGAUCUUCGAAGGACCUGCACCGAGAAGGAGAAGUACUGUGUGGUUUGCGAGAAACGUUGUAAUCAACAAAAAGUUGAAUUUGAAGUCAACUGUCACGAAUCUCAAUGGAUUUUUCGUCAUGAUUGACCGGGAUUGUGCCGAGGAAUGCGCUGAGGGUUUUUCGUUCUGAAUAUAUCUCAUAAAAUGAUUAAUUUGAGGAUGCGAAGAACGGGGAUACGGGCUGUUCUACUCGGAAUGUACGCGGUGUUGCCAAGGGUCGCUGUGCAACGAAUUCGACGGCCGCGCCUACUAUCUUCCUUUGGCUGCGGAUUCUUCAUCCACUGCGAUCGCCUUUAUCAUUUCUUCACUGUUUGUUCUAACCUUGUAG